UAUAAACGUGAAUGCUCGCCCAGCAAGUGUGAUCUCCUAAUUUUGCGGCCCUUGCGGGUUUUUGUACCGAAGGCAUGGCCUGUGGAAGAUACGAUCAUUAUGACUAUCUCUACAAGAUUGUCUUGAUCGGGGAUUCUGGCGUUGGAAAAUCUUCCCUUCUAUCUCGCUUCACGCGUAACGAAUUCGAUCUUGAGUCGAAGUCAACCAUUGGGGUUGAAUUUGCUACAAGAAGCAUUCAAGUAGAUGGCAAAGUGAUCAAAGCACAGGUAUGGGAUACUGCUGGACAGGAACGUUAUCGGGCAAUUACAAGUGCCUAUUACCGUGGAGCUGUUGGUGCUGUGCUGGUGUAUGAUUUAUCCAAACAGAAAACUUUUGAGAAUGUCGAACGUUGGCUUUUGGAAGUGCGUGAACAUGCAGAGUCCUCUAUUGUCACCAUGCUUGUUGGAAACAAAUGUGAUUUGAAACACCUGCGAGCAGUCGUUACAGAAGAUGCAAAGAAAUAUGCUAAUGAUGCUGGAUUGUCAUUCAUUGAGGCAUCAGCCUUGGAUGCUACAAAUGUUGAGGAAGCUUUUACACAGACAAUUACAAAAGUCCAUGAAGUGCAGUUGGCAAAAAUAAGAAAAGAACUUGACAUGCCCGGACAGAACUCUGGAACUUCUGAUGGAAAAGGAAAGGUUGUUGAAGUGAAUGAAGCAUCACAAGCACGCGAAGGAAACUGUUGUGUUAUUCUCUGAGAACUUUGAUUGAGACACUUGUCACGUAAUUCUGGAGAAUUAAUGAAAUGUCUUAUAUUUUUGUAUCAAAGAGGGCCAUUUAUUUCAAAACAGAGCGACAAUUAAGAUGAUCAUAAUUAAUUAUAUUAAAGAUUAUAUAUAGAAAUUAUUGUAAUGGUGCACGAUGCAACAUGUAUCAUAUUUUGUAGCUUUCAAUACUAAUAUUUGGUUAUUAAUCAAUUUGAAAUAUUUCUCUGGAAAGUCCAAUCACAAUUUAUUGGUAAUUAGCUAAAAAUAUAAAAUCUUGACGGAAGGUACUCCUGACUUUUUGGUUGGGUUUUAUGCUUGAUCAUUUUGAUCCAUACAGCAUUUCAAACCAAAACAGGCCACUUUUUUUUUACCCAUUUACCUACUUUACCUAUAAAUUCCACAUACCAGAGUCAAGAAUUGGUAAAAUUCAGCUGGAAUGAUAUAUCUUGGUUGGUUAAGAGCCAAAAAAAAAGCAAAAAUCUAUAAUUCACAAAGUAACUGCUGCAAAAUGGUCUGAGAGCUGGUGGGUUUCUGUCACCUACCACCUACUGAUAACCCAGAUAUAAUUGGGCAGGCAAGGUUAGCAAUGUGUACAUUCUGAGGGGUUGUGGAUUAUAUUCUGUCUAAGAUCUUUCAAGGUCUAAUCUUGCUCAAGAUGUAUAAUUUCUUGUUGGUUAACGACUGGGUCAUAUCUUCCUUAAGUUACCCUUUAUAAUAAGUGACUAGAAUUCAGUAACAUCAAUUUUCAAACUUGCUGCUGCAUGAUUCCUCAAUAUUUCUGUGAAGGAGGCAAAUGAAAUCAUGGGCAAAGUUUCUCCAAUGGUUACUUGUGUGAUUGGAUGACUAUAAUGUUGUCAGGCCCAGUGAAUGUAUUCCUUCUAACUUCGUCCCAAGGAAUAUUGGACAAGAUGAUCUCAGAGACAUUAUUUUUCAAACCGGCUGUGGCAUGAUUCCUCAAUAUUUGUGAAGGAGGCAAAUGAAAUCAUGGACAAAGUUUCUCUGAUAGUUACUGGUGUGAUUGUAUGACUAUAUUGUUGCUAAGCUAAGUGAAUAUAUUCCCUUUAACUUUGUCACAAUGAUUACUUGGAAUGACUAGAUGAUCCUACCUCAUUGGUGAAGAAUGUUUUUUUGUAUGAAAAAAGAGAAUAAGGGAGAAACUAUUUUGUUAUUUUGGACCAUAUUUAGAUUCACAUGGCUAAAGACAAAACUUGCAACAAAAUCUACAUGUAGUUCACUUUUCUUGGAACGUUCAGUGUCCUGUGAGCUCAAGUCUCAACAACCACUCUUGAAUUCAGGACAUUAGAGUAGAUUUCUGGAGGAUGUGAGCAUCUUUUUUUUGUUCUCUUCUCUUUUGAUUAUGAUAGCAGUUGAUCUACAGCAAACAAUUUUGAAAAUAAAAUAUUACUGUCAAAUCUGGA